AUGCCUGGCUACACCCAGCUCCGGACAGGAGGUGGAGGGCAGCCCUCCUUGGAAGCAACUUGCCUUCCUCCCAGGGUGCGCCUGCCAGUCUGGGCUGCGCCCCGCCUGGAAUCAGAUUGUCCUGGGCUCCUGCUGGCUUUCAGUGGAGAAGGGGAAUUGCCCUCAAUACCAAGUCAGAUCAGGAACCCAAAGCUUUCAUUAAGAAGGAAACCACAGCAGAAGUUUCAUAGUCCACCACUUCCCCCCAUCCAGCAGAAGGUUACCACCUUCUGCCAGGGCAAUCCCAAUCUUCUGACUCCACGCCCAGUGCUUUCUCCAGACAAGUUCACUGGGAGCCAUGAGCAUUUGCAGAAAGCCUCAUGCACAGCUGUACUCAUGGAUGAGAAGAGAAUGAAACACAUGACAGGAGUGGCCUACCUUGGUUGUUCCAUUAUCCUGCAUCCACCUAAGGUAAGUGCCGUUAGAGCACCUUCCACACGAGGAGAAAUCAAGAGAGCACGGCUACUGCACAGCGGAUUUGAAAAUGGCUCCACGGAGAUCCCGGGUGUAAGGCCUGGGUACUUUGCCCACGUCACGCCUCCUGCCAUCAUUAAAAGUAACGACUUUGUGGCAUCUGUCUUUGGAACUACAGGUCCACUGCAGUCUGAGGGAAGUGUGGGACAGCUCGCAGGAAAGAUGAGCUCAUAUUCAGCCUGGGAAAGCUGCUUCAGCGCCCUUCCUCUUGCUCCGCAUGAAAUGAGCCCUGAGCAGCGUGAAAUCCUUGACCGCAGGAAAAGGCGGAAUCUCCGCAAACCGAAGACGAGGUUCCUUCUCGUGAACAGGUUCACCCUGCUGUUCCUGCUCCUCGUGAGCCCCACUCCAGCUCUCCAGGCUCCUACCAAUCUCACUGACUCCGGCCUUGAUCAGGAGCCUUUCCUGUACCUUGUUGGCCGCAAGAAGCUGAUGGAUGCCCAGUACAGAUGCUAUGACCGAAUUCAUCAGUUGCCCCCUUAUGAAGGAGAAGGUCCAUUCUGCAACCGCACCUGGGAUGGAUGGAUGUGCUGGGACGACACUCCUGCUGGAGAAAUGGCCUAUCAGAACUGCCCUGACUACUUUCCGGACUUUGACAUAACAGAAAAGGUUUCAAAAUACUGUGAUGAAAAUGGAGAAUGGUUUAGACACCCUGACAGCAACCGAACCUGGUCCAACUACACUCUGUGCAACGCUUUCACUUCGGAGAAACUGAGCAACGCGUACGUUCUUUAUUACCUGGCUCUUGUGGGUCACUCCUUGUCGAUUGCUGCUUUGAUUGUUUCCAUGGUGAUCUUCUGGAAAUUCAAGAACCUUAGCUGCCAGAGGGUGACUCUGCACAAGAACAUGUUCCUUACUUACGUUCUGAACUCUAUCAUUAUCAUCAUCCACCUGGUUGAGGUUGUGCCCAACGGAGAUCUGGUGCGACGGGAUCCUAUGCAUAUUUUUCAUCAUAACACACAUAUGUGGACAAUGCAGUGGGAACUGUCACCACCCUUACCCAUGAGUGCACACGAGGGAAAGAUGGACCCUAAUGACAGUGAAGUGAUAAGCUGCAAGAUUCUACACUUUUUACAUCAGUAUAUGAUGUCUUGCAACUACUUCUGGAUGCUCUGCGAGGGGAUCUAUCUUCACACUCUGAUUGUCAUGGCUGUGUUUACCGAUGAGCAACGCCUGCGCUGGUACUAUCUUCUUGGCUGGGGGUUCCCAAUAGUGCCAACCAUUAUCCACGCCAUUACUCGUGCCCUCUACUACAACGACAACUGCUGGCUGAGUGCGGAAACCCACUUGCUUUACAUCAUCCAUGGACCCGUCAUGGUGGCUCUGGUGGUCAACUUCUUCUUUCUGCUCAACAUUGUCCGCGUGCUUGUGACCAAGAUGAGGCAAACCCACGAAGCCGAAGCCUACAUGUACCUGAAGGCUGUGAAGGCCACCAUGGUUCUUGUGCCCCUGCUGGGGAUCCAGUUUGUUGUGUUUCCCUGGAGGCCAUCGAACAAGGUGCUUGGGAAGAUCUAUGAUUACGUCAUGCACUCCCUGAUUCAUUUCCAGGGAUUCUUUGUCGCGACUAUCUACUGCUUCUGUAACCAGGAGGUGCAAGCCACCCUGAAGCGCCAGUGGACGCAGUUCAAGAUCCAGUGGAGCCAGCGCUGGGGAAGGGGAAGGCGCCGCCGCCCCACCAACCGUGUGGUUAGUGCUCCUCGCGCUGUAGCCUUCGCUGAGCCAGGUGAUCUCCCCAUCUACAUCUGCCAUCAGGAGCCAAGGAAUCCUCCUGUCAGCAACAACGAAGGCGAAGAGGCUACUGAAAUGAUCCCCAUGAACGUCAUCCAGCAAGACCCAUCCGCUUGA